AUGUGUCAGUACGAGCUUUGGGUCUACCAAAGGUGCCUCUCUUCUUCGUCCCCGCAUCUUCCCCACCAACCACACCGUACCUACUUCCGCGUAGCAAAGUGUUUGAGCGCUCCCACUUGCGAACCUCCUGCGCCUCGAGCAGACUUAAAAUCUACCCCCGAGCUGCCGGUGCAGCUGCGGGACCGAUACUGUACAACUUGUUAUGAAGCUCUCCAGAACUCCAUGGGUAGUAGUGGUGAUAGCUGCUGGCCAUGCGGAGAGGAAAACUGGCCUGAUGAGCGACUUUGCAAAGGGAUGAAAGUCGUUGAUCUGGAAGGAUGGAAUGGAAUGGACCGAACAGUAGAGCUGGAUAGCAACGGUACCUUGGCGGACGCAGGCGCGAGGACUAGAAGGCUAAAAUUCCUGGCGAGAAAUUGGAAAGGGUGGAGUGACUGGGGCGGGAUUGAUGGGAGGGUGUUUAGAGGCAUCUCAUGA